CUCAUUCAGCGGUCGGGAGCUGCCGGCGAGGGGGAGCGGCAGGACAUAGAGAGCGACCCGUCCCGGGGGUGGGGCCGGGCGAAGUGGCGAGAGGAGGCGAAGGUGGCCGCGGCCGCUGCAGCACGGCAGGCAGCCUCAGACCCGGCCCGGAGCGCACGGCGGCCGCUGCAGGUCCCUGCUCCCCUCUCCGUGCGCCCGCCCAUGGCGGCCGCCGGGCAGCUGUGCCUGCUCUACCUGUCGGCGGGGCUCCUGCCCCAGCUCGGCGCAGCCUUCAACUUGGACACCCGCGAGGACAAUGUGAUCCGGAAAUCUGGGGAUCGCGGGAGCCUCUUCGGCUUCUCGUUGGCCAUGCACUGGCAGCUACAGCCAGAGGACAAGCGGCUGUUGCUGGUGGGAGCACCUCGGGCAGAAGCCCUCCCGCUGCAGAGGGCCAACAGGACUGGAGGCCUGUACAGCUGUGACAUCACCUCCCGAGGACCUUGCACGCGGAUUGAAUUUGAUAACGAUGCUGACCCUACCUCAGAAAGCAAGGAAGAUCAAUGGAUGGGGGUCACUGUCCAGAGUCAAGGUCCAGGGGGCAAAGUGGUGACAUGUGCUCAUCGAUAUGAAAAAAGGCAACAUGUUAACACAAAGCAGGAGUCUCGAGACAUCUUUGGGAGGUGUUAUGUCCUGAGUCAGAAUCUUAAAAUUGAAGAUGAUAUGGAUGGAGGAGACUGGAGUUUUUGUGAUGGUCGAUUAAGAGGCCAUGAAAAGUUUGGUUCUUGCCAGCAAGGUGUAGCAGCUACUUUUACUAAAGACUUUCAUUACAUUGUGUUUGGAGCCCCGGGUACUUAUAACUGGAAAGGGAUUGUUCGAGUAGAGCAAAAGAAUAAUACUUUUUUUGACAUGAACAUCUUUGAAGAUGGGCCUUAUGAAGUUGGUGGAGAGACUGACCAUGAUGAAAGUCUCGUUCCUGUUCCUGCUAACAGUUAUUUAGGCUUUUCUUUGGACUCAGGGAAAGGUAUUGUUUCUAAAGAUGAGAUCACUUUUGUGUCUGGUGCACCAAGAGCCAAUCACAGUGGAGCUGUGGUUUUGCUAAAAAGAGACAUGAAGUCUGCACAUCUUCUCCCCGAGCACAUAUUUGAUGGAGAAGGUCUGGCCUCUUCAUUUGGCUAUGACGUGGCAGUGGUGGACCUCAACAAAGACGGGUGGCAAGAUAUAGUAAUUGGAGCCCCACAGUAUUUUGACAGAGAUGGAGAAGUUGGAGGUGCAGUAUAUGUCUACAUUAACCAGCAAGGCAGAUGGAAUAAUGUCAAGCCAAUUCGUCUUAAUGGAACCAAAGAUUCUAUGUUUGGCAUUGCAGUAAAAAAUAUUGGAGAUAUUAAUCAAGAUGGCUAUCCAGAUAUUGCAGUUGGAGCUCCCUAUGAUGAUUUGGGGAAGGUUUUUAUCUAUCAUGGAUCCGCAAAUGGAAUAAAUACCAAACCAACACAGGUUCUUGAGGGUACAACACCUUCUUUUGGAUAUUCAAUUGCUGGAAAUAUGGAUCUUGAUAGAAAUUCCUAUCCUGAUGUUGCUGUUGGUUCCCUCUCAGAUUCAGUAGCUAUUUUCAGGUCCCGGCCUGUGAUUAACAUUGCGAAAACUAUCACAGUAACUCCUAGCAGAAUUGACCUCCGCCAAAAAACAGCAUGCGGUGCGCCAAGUGGAAUAUGCCUCAAGGUUAAAGCCUGUUUUGAAUAUACUGCCAAACCCGCUGGUUAUAAUCCUUCAAUAUCAAUUGUGGGCACCCUGGAAGCUGAAAAAGAAAGAAGGAAAUCUGGGCUGUCAUCCAGAGUUCAGUUUCGAAACCAAGCUACUGAGCCCAAGUACACUCAAGAACUGACUCUGAACAGGCAGAAGCAGCGGAUUUGCAUGGAGGAAACCCUCUGGCUGCAGGAAAACAUCAGAGACAAACUGCGCCCCAUCCCCAUAACUGCUUCCGUGGAGAUCCAGGAGCCCAGCUCUCGCAGGCGAGUGAAUUCACUACCAGAAGUUCUUCCAAUCUUGAAUUCAAACGAACCCAAGAUGGCCCACACAGAUGUGCACUUCUUAAAAGAGGGAUGUGGAGACGACAACGUAUGUAACAGCAACCUUAAACUAGAAUAUAAAUUUUGUACCCGAGAAGGAAAUCAAGACAAAUUUUCUUACCUUCCAAUUCAAAAAGGCAUACCAGAGCUAGUUUUAAAAGAUCAGAAAGAUAUUGCUUUGGAAAUAACAGUGACAAAUAGCCCUUCCAACCCAAGAGAUCCCACAAAAGAUGGUGAUGAUGCCCACGAAGCCAAACUCAUUGCAACGUUUCCGGACACUUUGACCUAUUCUGCUUAUAGAGAGCUGAGGGCUUUCCCUGAGAAACAGUUGAGUUGUGUUGCCAACCAGAAUGGUUCCCAAGCUGACUGUGAGCUCGGAAAUCCUUUUAAAAGAAAUUCCAGUGUUACUUUUUACUUGAUUUUAAGUACAACUGAGGUCACCUUUGACACUACAGAUCUGGACAUUAACCUGCAGUUGGAGACAACGAGCAAUCAAGAUAAUUUGGCUUCAAUUACAGCUAAAGCAAAAGUGGUUAUUGAACUGCUUUUAUCGGUCUCUGGAGUUGCUAAACCUUCCCAGGUGUAUUUUGGAGGUACAGUUGUCGGGGAGCAAGCUAUGAAAUCUGAAGAUGAAGUAGGAAGUUUGAUAGAGUAUGAAUUCAGGGUGAUUAAUUUAGGUAAACCUCUUAAAAACCUCGGCUCGGCAACCUUGAAUAUUCAGUGGCCAAAAGAAAUUAGCAAUGGCAAAUGGUUGCUUUAUUUGGUGAAAGUAGAAUCCAAAGGAUUGGAAAAGAUAGUGUGUGAGCCACAAAGUGAAAUAAACCUCCUGAACCUAAAGGAGUCUCACAACUCAAGAAAAAAGCGGGCAAUUGCUGAAAAACAGAUUGAUGAUAGCAGAAAAUUUUCUCUAUUUGCUGAAAGAAAAUACCAGACCCUGAACUGUAGUGUGAAUGUGAGGUGUGUGAACAUCAGGUGUCCUCUGCGUGGGCUGGACAGCAAGGCCUCCCUUGUUUUGCGCUCAAGGUUAUGGAACAGCACAUUUCUAGAGGAAUAUUCCAAACUGAACUACUUGGACAUUCUUGUGCGAGCUUCUAUUGAUGUGACUGAUGCCGCAGAGAAUAUCAAGCUGCCAAAUGCAGGCACCCAGGUUCGUGUGACUGUGUUUCCCUCAAAAACUGCAGCUCAGUACUCCGGAGUACCUUGGUGGAUCAUUCUCGUUGCUAUUCUUGCUGGGAUUUUGAUGCUUGCUCUAUUAGUGUUUUUACUAUGGAAGUGUGGUUUCUUCAAGAGAAAUAAGAAAGAUCAUUAUGAUGCCACAUAUCACAAGGCUGAGAUCCAUGCUCAGCCGUCUGAUAAAGAGAGGCUUACUUCUGAUGCAUAGUAUUGAUCUACUUCUGUAAUUGUGUGGAUUCUUUAAGCGCUCUAGGUACGAUGAUAGCGUUCCCCGAUACCAUGCUGUAAGGAUCCGUAAAGAAGAGCGAGAGAUCAAAGAUGAAAAAUACAAUGAUAACCUUGAAAAAAAACAGUGGGUCACAAAGUGGAAUGAAAAUGAAAGUUAUUCCUAGGGGACCAGAAAAGCUUCACAGUACCCAAAAUGCUUUUUGGUUUAUUUGUUGUUGUUUUUUUCCCAACUCAAAUACAAAUGGAUUUAAGAGCCUGUUCAGUACCUGAGGAUUAAUUUCAGACUGACUACACACAGUACGAACCUACAGUUUUCACUGUGGAUAUUGUUACACAGCCUAAAGCUUCUGUUUUGCACAGCCAAAUUUAAGACUAUUGAAAUGGAUCUUUCUUUAACUGCCUUAAUUUAACUUUCUGGGUUGCCUUUGUUUUUGGUGUGACUGACCCACACGCUCUGGGGACGGGCCUGCCCAGGUGCACUCAGGCAACAUCCUCCUGGUAGCACCCACAUUCACCUGUGCUAACAGAAUGGCCGUCCUAGCCUGCUGCUGUGAGCAUCCUUCCUGUAGGAUCAGAGAACCUGCAAGUUAAGUGUCCUGCAGCACAAGACUCUGCCAUCAAGGCAGCUGUGUCUCAGUUUCAAGUGCUGUCUAAAGUUAAGUGUGCAAUAGAAGGUGAUGUUGCCAUCCUACUCUCUCUGUCCAUUCCCUAGAUGUGACUCCUUGCUCACACCAAGUGCACACAGGUUCCCUUCUCCCUUUUCACUAAAACACACAGGUGCAACAGACUUGAAUGCUAGUGAUACUUGUUUGUAUGUGAUAUUUAUUUUUUUCUUUAAACCAUUUUGUUAUUGACUAACAAGCCAAAGAUCCUUCAGGUUGAUUUAAACAAUCAGAAUUGGAACAUGGGAGAUCAUUGAUUGACCCAAGUUAUUUCUUGCAAAAAGAAAAUAAUCCUUUAUAAAAUAUACCAGAGAGUUGUUUUAAUAACUUAUCUGUAAAUUAUGACAUCUCCUUCAUGACAGCUUCUCCCCCGCAACACAAAAAGUUUAAGAAAAAACAAUCAAGAUGUUUGAUGUAACAAAGAUGUUUAAUUCUUACCUGACACCUGAUAUUAUUAUUAUUUUUAGUUUAGAGCCCUGUGUGAUAUUUCUGAAUUUAGUGCUAUAACUUUCAGGAACUUUGUGGAGAAAAUGAGUUUGUUCAUUGAACUCUAGGGCUUGUUUACUCACUGCUGCAAAUACUGUAUAUUCAGGACUUGAACUAAUCGGUGAGUGCCUAUGGUGGAUCCAGACCGAUCCAGUGUAAGACUACUGAAUGAGUAUCUGCUACCCAAAUGGUGACCCAGUCAGAUGGAACAUCAUGGCUGUAAGCUUUUUAAAUGUUAUUGGAACCAUUUAAUUAGUGAGUCGGUGUUCUAUAUUUAGUGUCCUUCCCUAUCAAAAUUUCCAAGAUGACUUUGGAACUAUUUUAAGAAGAUCUUCAGAUUGUUUAAUUGUAAAAGCUGGCUGGGGUGGGAAGGAAAGACAGCAAUGACUCUAGACAUUCAAUAGAGAUUGAAUAUAUAUGAAAGUGGAAUUUUAAACAAAAUUCUCUGCUUUAAAAUGUUAAAGUUAUAUGGGGAGCAAGAGCAAACAGGUGCUAAUUCAUUUGGCGAUAGCAUAAGCAGUGUUUCAAUCUUUUAAGAGAACAAAAUACAGCUAUAUAUGCCAUUGUUGCUUUGGAGUUUUAAUUUUUUUUUUCAUAAAUAUUGUACCCUGAAGAUACUAAGAACUUUAUUCUGGUUGUACUUGGAAUUUUCAUUCAUAAAAAUUUUAUAAAUGAUGUUUUAUUUACAAAAAUUUCUCUAAAACAGAUCAUAACAGUGUUUUAAGUCUCAGUUUCUUAUUUGGAUAACAUGGAGCCUAAUAGACACAUUGGCUUUAUAGGAUAUUAAUCCAAUAUUUUGACGGAGUUUUUAAACAUUGUUAUGAAAAUGAAUGUCCUAAAAAGAAGGGUGGGAGGGUAGUUCAAAAACAAAACAAGAAUGUUUGUGGUGUUUAAAUUUAUAGUUGUUAAAAAUGUCAUCUCAAGUCAAGUCACUGGUCUGUUUGCAUUUGAUACGUUUUUAUACUAACUAUCAUUGUAAAAUUAUUUCAUGAUUAGAAAAUACCUGUGGAUAUUUGUAUAAAAGUGUGAAAUAAAUUUUUUAUGAAAAUGUUCAUUCCUUAGUGACACAACAUUAUAUUGUGAAACAACUUCAUAAAUGACAAUUUGAAUUCCCUUUCUUAUUUCAUCAAGCCAAACUAAAGUUUUUGAUAUUUAUUCUUAAGAGCCCAAAUAAUCCCAGAUCAGCCAAAAAUACUAGUACCCAAAGGAGUGCAAUGUAAAUUUGAUUGAGGGUUUUUUUUUUUUUAAAUCCUCUUGAAACUGUUUUUGAUGUUUUAAAUUUCCUUUUUUUUUUUUUUAUAAGUUACAGAAAAUGGCCUUAUAGUGGUUUGUUCAAGAUACCUAUAAAUGGCAAGUUUGCAUUGAUUGAUCUGCUUCAAAGGCUAUGGCUGUGAAGGAUAAGGUAUUACUCAGUAAUGAGACCAUGGCAUAAAAAAUAAAAGUUCUUAUGGCUUGAGUCA